AUGGCUAAAGCAUUGGGUUUCGGCUAUCCAAAAUCUGAGUUGGAAGCCUACCUGCGAGCUCUACAGUCUAUCAAGGAAUCUAGUGAUGGUAACCAUACAACACCCGAUGAGAUCGAGUGUGUCUACGAUCUGUAUGCACGCAUCCAGGCUCAGUACAGACUGCUUUCGCUUCUCAAAACCUCAUUCACGUACCAAACAUGGAUGAUGAAGGAGGGCCGUAUUGGGAGUCCUCAGACAAUUGCUUGUGGGAAGCGCCCCAAUCCAUGGAAUGCAAAAUCCCUCUAA